GCGUUGCGAUUCGUCGCUUGUAGAGCUUUGAAAACGAUGCCAAAGAUAUUUCAUUUACAAUUGUCGGACAAUUCGGCCUUAAGGUAAGCGCGUAACUCUGCAAAUAAGACUUUACCUGUAAGUUAACAUUCGUUAUGUAGGCAGAUCAUGGAAGAUGAGUAAAUAGCAACAAUCUCUUUCUAGGAACGCGUCGUCGACGUUGCAGUUUUGAUUGAAACAUACCCGUUCAGUAUGUUUGCAGGUUAUACUAUCAAUAAAGUAACUGCUAAAUUUGAAAGCAUUUUUCAAAAACAACUUAGGAGUUUUCAAUUUGCUUAGCUUUUGAAGUCAAACUGCGAAGAAAAGCAAUUUGUUUCGAGUCAGUCACUUUUGCAAUAUUCUAAAGAACCAGAUAAUACAUAAUGGCGCUAAGUUUUAAAAAUUUAACUUUUCUCAUCCAUUUAAUUGCUUGCAUAUUUAGCUAUACUGAAGCCAAAGAACGACAAAAUGGUAAUGUGGAAGUAGAAAGGAUAUUCAAGAACUAUAAUAUAAUACCCGAUGUUUUAAAUGCCGCACCCCCGAGGUUUCUCGAGGUAAAAAUUAUACGUAAUGCCUUCAUAACUUUAAUAUCUAAACAAAAUUCUAUGCCAAUCCAUUUGCAGAUUUUCUUUGAACCAAAUUUGAUAGCUGGCAGAGGGACUAUAUUGACGCCCACUCAAACGAUACAUCCGCCCGAAAUUUUUUGGGAGGCUAAGCCAGGAGCAUUUUAUACUCUCAUGAUGAUUGACCCCGACGCUCCUAGCCGUUCUUCCCCACGGUUCCGUAGUUAUCAGCAUUGGCUCGUCACUAACAUACCUGGCGAUCAAAUAGAAAAAGGUGAUAUUGUCGUAGACUAUAUCGGAGCCGUGCCACCUAAACACACUGGCUUACACCGUUAUGUGUUACUUCUGUAUAAACAACCGCAUAAAUUGAUAAAAAAGGAAACUUUUGUGCCUAGUAAUUCUCGCAAUGGCCGGUUUUAUUUCAAUGCAUCUACAUUUGCAAAAAAACACAACUUGGGCUUACCUAUAGCUGCUAAUUUCUUUCUGGCUGAAUGGGAUGAAUAUGUUCCGGUAGCUAACAAGCAACUGGAGGGCGGAUAUUAAGACGCUUUAACAAAAACUUUAGUAACUCUCAACUAUUGUCCUCAAUUUUAAUAAAUAUCAUUUUUGCUAACACUGGAGCGCUUCUUUUUAAAAGUCGCGUUCGAUUUGAGAUAACUGUACGAUCGAUUUCCGCUAUUUAUUUACCCGCACCUGUUACUAUUACCGAAUCCCCGCGUAAAAACAUUCUCGAUAUAAAGCAACCUUUGUUUACCGGUUUCACUUUCCUUUUGCCUUUACCUGCGCGCCGAAGUUCAGUCUACAUAUCUAACAUUUGCAAGCAGUACUUUACAGCGGCGAUCAAAAAUCUUAACCCGCCCCAUCAACUUUUUAUUAUUACGAUAAUUUAUUUAAACUUGUGUAUUAUUUAUCACCGACUGUGUUAAAGCGCAGAGCGGUCCCGUAUUGAAUUCUUCCUCUUCUUUACGCGCCAAUUUCUUCCGGCGUCAGUUCAGAUUUUGGUUUUA